GAGAGAGAGAGAGAGAGAGCGCGAGAGAGAAGUAGCAAAGGGCAGAUGAUGAGAAGAGGGAAAGAGAACAUCUCUUAAUGUCUAUCUUCUUGUUCUCCAUUUAGUGAACUCAGAUAAUGUCCGAGGAUGUCUAUUUCUGGGACUCUGAGCAACUAUUACGUGGAUUCUAUCAUAAGUCAAGACAGCGAUGAACUCCCGACCCCGGUUCAUUUUCCCAGUGUCCAAUAUUCCGGCUCCAGCUCCGCCGCCGCUGCAGCAGCGGGUGGAAGACAACCCGGCUCGGCAGCCGCAUCGGAGCAUCCGCUCCCCGAGUCAUAUCCAUCCUGCAGCUUCCAGCCCAAACCUGCGCUUUUCUCAUCACCCUGGAGUCCAUUCAGCCCGCACCACCAUGGCGCGAGCGGUCUUCCGACCGUCUACCACCCUAUACCGACACAACACGUCCCUUCCACGGACACUCGCUACCUCCGCUCGUGGUUGGAAUGCGCGCCGCGCGGCUCCGACUGCUUCCCGGGUGGGGGUCAGAGCGGCCAGGUCAAACUGGAGCCCCAGAUCAGCCAUCCUGGUGUGGAAACUCCACCCAAAAUUGGCCAGCUGCAGAGCGCCACAUACAUCCUGGAAUCCCGAUCGGCGCCACCGGCCGUGAUCACCGGUGUGGGUUUUGGAGAAAAUAACGACUCUUGCGAGGGGAGCGAAGACAAAGAGGGCCUCGAUCAAAAUGACCCCUCCGCCAACUGGUUACAUGCACGUUCCUCCAGAAAGAAGAGAUGCCCUUAUACCAAAUAUCAGACGCUGGAGCUGGAGAAGGAAUUCCUAUUCAACAUGUAUCUGACGCGCGAUAGGCGUCAUGAAGUGGCGAGAGCGCUCAACCUAACCGAGAGGCAGGUCAAGAUCUGGUUCCAAAACCGGAGGAUGAAAAUGAAGAAGCAGAGCAAGGAUCAACCCAAGGAUUAAAUAACGGGAUCCUGUACACGCACUUAAAAUUACCAUGCAGACGGACUCGGUCCACGCACGCAACGUCCCCCCCCCCCCCCCCCCCACGUCAGUCCAUGUAUGUAUUUAGCUAUACAUAACCUGCAACCUCAAAAGGAAAUGAGAAAACGCAUUACUGCUGAUUCCAUUCUGUUGAAUUCCCACCAAUGAUUGUUGUGUUUCUUGCAACGCGCUUUACGGGAGAUCAAGUCUUCCAUGAUGUAAAUUGGAUUUAUUAUCUUCUUGGAAAUUGACGGGUAUACACCACUAUCCUCACGGGCGGACAUUGUUUUGUUUUGGACUUGCACUUUUUGUUAUUUACUGUCGUGUCACUCCCAUCAGCGUGCACGAGGUGCUGAAAGCAGUAAUUCCCGUGGUCAUUAACAACACAGAUACACACCCGGACACACACUAUAUUGCCCGUAAUCUUUUGCACGUAAUCUUUUUUUUUUUUUUAAUGGCCUAAUUCAAUUAGUAUGGACCCGGUGGCACACAUUAAUACAUAUUUUCCGGUUCGGUCUUAGUAAUGAUCAAAUUGAAAGUGUUAAAUACAACGGGCAAGUUGGAAAGCUGUUGUAAAUUGGAUCUUAUCGAUUUUUCCUUUUCAUUUCCUUAAAUUAUGAAUAAUUGAUGUUUUAUUAGUUGGUAAAAAUCAUCUCUUUGUUGCUGUGUGUCUCCCCAGGCUACAUAUGUAAGGGCUGUAAUGUUUUAGUCCAGUCGAAAUCGUACGUUUAAAUAAAUAAUAACAAUAAUCUUUAGGAUAGGCUCUCUAUUUUUAUACAGUCGAUACGAUAGCCGUCUGCUAUGCAAGUAAUUUCAAAAUAACACCGAAGAAAAGGGCCAAUCCAUUGAAAGAAUAUUUCUCAAUCACUGUAUCAUUGUUAUUCUUCUGAUAAUGUCAUCGCUCGGGGCUGUAUAAGUCAACAUCAUUCAACAAAACAUACACUAGGUUUAUGUACAGUUUUAUUGAUCUGAGAGUUGAUGAAAAAGGCCAUGUUAGAAGGUCAUCUUGUUUUAUGAUAUUUGAAGUGUCGUCGUAUUUAAAUGGCGCGCGCUGGCAGUUUUAUGGGCCGACCAUAAACAAGACAUCGGUGUUGAAUGCGAGCCUCUUGUCCAAUACAAAUCUUUGCGCUUUAUACAGACACUUGAUGCACAGCGUCACAUAUCCGAUUUCAGGUUCAAAUGUUUACAUUGUUUGCGCAUGCCUUAAAUCAUUCUUAAAUUUGAAUUUACUCUUUGUAAAUGGCGACAUUUUCCAGAGGAGAAUGUUUGAAAACAAUAAGCUGUUUAAGAAUGUAAAAAUGUUUCUAAUUUAUUGUACGUAACUUGUCUUUUUUGAGAAUGACUACAAUUGGUUAAAUCUAAAAUUUCCUUUUCAAAUUUUUUUUUAUGACUUUGUGAAUCUUUAUAUUUGUUCUUGAGUCGCUCAUGCACCAACAACAACAAAUAUUGUUUCACCUUUUUUUCUUAAAAUUGGCUGUUCUCGUCUAGAUAUUUCAUUGCAUGGCAAAUUUCGAGAAACACGACUGGGUGACACAAUACUAUUUUUUUUUUCCUUUUGGUGUCACUUCAGAUUUACGUUGUGCAGAGUGAGCCAAACACCCAGGGCAGACGAGCAAAAAAGUUGGGCACCGUACUAACAUUGCUGUCAAGUAGGGUGUCCUGAAAUAUCUUCCUGCGGGCCAAAAACGAGCCCCCGAGCUUGCAUGUUUGACACCUCUGAUCUUGCGCAUACUUUCAAUUAUUAUUUCCUUUGUCAGUGUGUCAUAUUUACACUCCCUGUUACGAUUGAAGGGCAACGUUUACACUUUUUGAUAAAUACGGAUUUACUACGAUUGCAGCAAGUUGACAAGCGUCCUGCCUAAACAUGGAGUUCUAAAGUCCCUUCAUGAAUGUUAUGUCUCUCUUUUUUCAGUGCUGUCACUUGUUUCACUAAU